UUCUUCACCAUGGCACAUAGGGCACGCCCAACGAACGUCGAAACGGGUUCCAAUCGAAGUAAGGAUUAAAUCAUUAACCCAAGUAUGUUUCUCUGAAUCAGACGCAAGUGAAACAAAUUCAAGCAUGCAAGCACACUAGUUUUUGCAAUUACGACAUUUGAAGAUUUGGAUUUGUCAAGAGUUGAUUCAACAAAGAGAGGAGAUCAAUCGCUUCUUUCUUUUCGUUCGAAUUCGAAUUUCGUGGUAAUGGCUUUGAAUCCCUCUCUCCAACCAGAGAUCGGACCAGAUGGCCUCCCUAGAGAAGCCCCUGUUAUCGCCUAUACCGAGAAGAAAAUCCUGGAAGAGCAGCUUCAGCUAAGGAAAUACAUUGAAGAAAAUUAUUCAAAAAUCCGUGAUGUUGAGCGGGAGUUAAUGAAUCUUUCAAUGGAGAUGAAACUUACGGCUGGACCUAAGAAAGCUGCGCUUGAACUCUUGAGAAAGAAAAUAGAGAUAUCAACUGAAAAGGUCCGUGUUGCCAAGCUGAAGGAAGAAGAAGCACGGAAGGUUUGGGAAUCAGCAUCAAAGGCUGUGAAGGAUGAGGAAGCAAUUAAGCAGAAGCUAUGUGAAGACUUAAACCAAUUGGUUCAAGAAAGCAGUAACAGCCAGUUUUCAAGACUUGAGGAACUAAAAAGGCGAUUGGAAGCUAUGAACCCAAGCAGAGCAUCCUCCUCUACUCCUAAGGAUGUAAAACAAAUUGGACCUGCACUGAAUAGCAUGGAUACUCCAUCAAUCCCUAAUGCAACUGCUCAUAGCGAUGGAGGAAAUGUGAAUGUACCUGAUCAAGGCAAUGGUGAAAACGCUUCAGCCAUGAAUGGGCACAAUCAGCAUCCCAAUGUUGAAGGAGAAGGAAGAGGAAAGAAGAGGAGUCAGCUUUUAGGAAGAGGAAGGGGUAUUGGGGCUGUGCCGAAGGGUAGAGGAUCUUCAUUGCCUGGCUGGACAGGGGCUGGCUUUGAAUGUUGACACUAGAAGUUAGAAGCAGCACGUCAGAUAUUCUUUUAAAUUCUGAAACUGUGAGCCAAGUAAUAUCACUUUUCCGGGUAUAUAUGUUAGUCCAUCUCUCUGCUCUUUACAUGGUAGUCAAGUAGGAACUGAUUCAAGAACAAUAUUGCUUUAGAUGUUCCUCAUCAUUUUCUGUUGAAAGCUCUAUUCCGAUUCUGCACAUUUCUUGAUUGAUUGACAUUUAAAUAAUAAAAUGUGAGGAAGAUAGGCAAGGGGCAGGUGAUGACUUUUGAAGAAAUGUCCUUUAGAUCAGUGCACUGUCUAAUUUUGAUGGUCAUGACUCAUGGACGUCAUUGAUGGGCUUUUUGCUCUUAAAAAGACUUCCUCUACAGGCGAACAUGUGGCCUAGUGAUAGAGUUCCGGGGGUGCAACCUAGAGGUCACAGUUUAAUUUCUGAGAAGUCUCUGCGUACAUCUUGCAUAAUCCCGCCCACUGCGGGAGUCUUAUGUACGAGUAUUGUUUACCAUAAAUAAGACUUCCUCUUGGGGC